GAUCUGGGCUGAGAAAUGUCCCGGCCCGGCCCGGCCCGCGUGGAGGCGGGGCCUGGGGUGGGCGAGGCACCAGCGGUCACCGCCCCGUCACGUGUCCACCGCUCCUGCCGCGCAGUCGGCAGAGAGCGCCAGGCGGCUACAGCAGCUGAGGAGGCAGUGGCGCCCGCGGCCGCAGCGUCGGGGCUGGAGCGAUGGCUGCGACCGCGGUGGCGGCAGGGGCGGGGGCUGUGGCGGGAACCGAGUCGGCCCAGGGUCCCCCGGGCCCGGCAGCGGCGCUGGAGCUGUGGCUCAUGGGUACAAGCCGGCAGUCACAUCACCUUACUAACGGGUUUGGCGAGGAGGGCGUUCGUUUCACCUGUGGUGGUAGGAGCUGGUUUACCUGGGGGUCGUCACAGCCGACCGCAUUCCAGGCAGAAGAAACUGCGUGUGCAAAAGCUGGGGACAAGAGAAUGUGGAGCACUCCGGGAACAAGUAGACAAAGCCACAGACCCAAGCAUGUCGGAACAGGAUUGGUCAGCUAUCCAGAAUUUCUGUGAGCAAGUGAACACUGACCCCAAUGGCCCCACACAUGCGCCCUGGCUGCUGGCCCACAAGAUCCAGUCUCCGCAAGAGAAGGAAGCUCUUUAUGCCUUAACGGUGCUGGAGAUGUGCAUGAACCACUGUGGGGAGAAGUUCCACAGCGAGGUGGCCAAAUUUCGUUUCCUGAACGAACUGAUCAAAGUGUUGUCCCCAAAGUACCUGGGGUCCUGGGCCACAGAAAAAGUGAAAGGAAGAGUCAUUGAAAUACUCUUUAGUUGGACAGUCUGGUUUCCGGAAGACAUCAAGAUCCGAGACGCCUAUCAGAUGCUGAAGAAACAAGGAAUUAUAAAACAAGACCCUAAACUACCAGUGGAUAAAAUCUUACCCCCACCAUCUCCCUGGCCCAAGAGCUCCAUCUUUGAUGCUGAUGAAGAAAAGUCCAAGCUUCUGACAAGGCUUCUAAAGAGCAACCACCCUGAGGACCUUCAGGCCGCAAACCGGUUAAUCAAGAAUUUGGUCAAGGAGGAACAAGAAAAAGCAGAGAAGGUGUCCAAGAGGGUCAGUGCGGUGGAGGAAGUGCGAAGCCAUGUGAAGGUGCUGCAGGAGAUGCUGAGCACGUACCGCAGGCCAGGUCAGGCCCCGCCCAACCAGGAGGCCCUGCAGAUCGUGUAUGAGAGGUGUGAAAAGCUGCGGCCCACGCUGUUCCGGCUGGCGAGUGACACCACUGAUGACGAUGAUGCACUCGCGGAAAUUCUCCAGGCAAAUGACCUCCUCACCCAAGGAGUUCUGCUGUACAAACAGGUGAUGGAGGGCCGGGUCACCUUUGGAAACAGAGUGACCAGCUCAUUGGGAGACAUCCCUGUCUCCAGAGUCUUUCAGAAUCCAGCAGGCUGCAUGAAGACCUGCCCCCUGAUUGACUUGGAGGUGGACAAUGGACCUGCGCAGGCGGGGACUGUGGUGCCAUCUUUGCUUCAUCAGGACCUGGCAGCCUUGGGAAUCAGUGAUGCUCCUGUUACAGGCACGGGUUCUGGUCAGAAUUGCUGUGAGGAAAAGAGGAAUCCCUCCCUCAUGCUGCCAGGCGGUGACGUUCAGAACCCUUCUGCAGACAGGAAUUUGCUGGACCUCCUCUCACCACAGCCAGCUCUGGGCCCUCUGAAUUAUGUUUCGCAGAAAAGUGUCCCCAAGGAAGUGCCACCAGGUACUAAGUCCUCUCCAGGUUGGUCCUGGGAGGCUGGCCCGUUGGCUCCUUCCCCAUCUUCACAGAAUACACCUCUGGCUCAAGUGUUUGUCCCUUUGGAGUCUGUUAAGCCCAGCAGCCUGCCGCCUCUCAUUGUGUAUGACCGGAAUGGAUUCAGAAUUCUGCUCCACUUCUCCCAGACGGGAGCCCCUGGGCACCCAGAGGUACAGGUGCUGCUCUUGACCAUGAUGAGCACGGCUCCCCAGCCUGUCUGGGAUAUCAUGUUUCAAGUGGCUGUGCCAAAGUCAAUGAGAGUGAAGCUGCAGCCGGCAUCCAGCUCCAAGCUUCCUGCAUUCAGUCCUUUGAUGCCUCCAGCUGUGAUAUCUCAGAUGCUGCUGCUUGACAAUCCACACAAAGAACCUAUCCGCUUACGGUACAAGCUGACAUUCAACCAAGGUGGACAGCCUUUCAGCGAAGUAGGAGAAGUGAAAGACUUUCCAGACCUGGCUGUCUUGGGCGCAGCCUAACUUUUCACAAGAUGGACCCUUCAUUUCAAGCUUAGGCUGGCAUUACUUUUGCUGUCUAGUCAAGACUAAUCACGGUGUUUCAGUGCAGAGUGCCAAGAGUCCUAUCCUGAUGUCAGGCUCUGGGUGUCAACCUCUGACUGUGUGUGUGUGUGUGUGUGUGUGUGUGUGUGUGUGUGUGUGUGUGUGUGUGUGUGUGUGUGUGUGUGUGUGUGUGUGUGUGUGUGUGUGUGUGUGUGUGUGUGUGUGUGUGUGUGUGUGUGUGUGUGUGUGUGUGUGUGUGUUCGGGGAGAGGGUGGUAGCACAGGGCUUGGGAUAUCGGCAUUGUGGGAAAUGCGAAGCAUUUCUCAUCAUCAUCAUCUCUGCUACAGUUACGUUUCUGCAUGUCAGCGAGCGACACUGUCCCUGCCUCAGGUUGGAGGUUCUAUCAGCCAAAGUGUUUUUUUCAUGUAUUGUUCGUUCCAUUCAUCCACUCUGUGCCUUGUCAGCCUUUGAAAGUCUUGGUUGCUCCCAGGCUGCUGUUCUCAGGGACCUUAAAAGGGACCUGGUUAGUCUUGGGGCAGAGAGUAUCUACUUGGGCACUCUCUUCCAAGAAAGACCUUGUCUCCAUUUUCAUUAGACAAUGCUUCUUGUGUGUGUUCUGGAAGAUCUUCUAAAUGGAAUGCUUGUUGCACUGUUACCAGGCGAGUGGCUGCCAUGAGACCUGAGGACCACACUUGGGGGACCAAUCAUGUCCUUCACCACUGUGCCUUAGAAUCACCCCUGGACAGACCUCCCAGGCCUUACUCAGGACUCAGGUCCAUGGGUUGGGCAGCCAGUCUGGGCCCUUCUCAGGAUCCUCAUCUCCAUCCUCAUCCUCUUCCUUCACAGCAUUUACUCAGAGCUCUUUGUGACACACCAUGUCAGUCAUGGUGAAUCGGCCAACAGCAAGCCCUUGCCAGUUGAUGUCACAGUCUAAGAUGGGAAACUGUGGUACAGAUAGACGUGAAGAGAGCUUAGCAGUGAUUGAGGUGGUGACUAAAUAUACAGUCAUUGAAUAAAUACCAUGUAGCAAAAGUACUUUGUGGAGUGUUGAGUAAGUGGAAAAUGGAAAGCCAGUUGCAUUUAGAGAUGAUAGGCCUAAAGGGAACUGUCUUCUGUCGAGAAGUAAAGGAAACUUCAUGAAGGAUGUAGAAGCUUAGCUGCCUCAGUGAAGAGAGAACCUGAAGAUCUGAGGCAAGUUGGACAGGAGAGGUGGAUAUUUGUUGAUGGAAGAAUUCAAGUUUAUAAUCAAUUCCCACUUAGCACCUACUGUGUGCUAGGAACUUGAAUGUGUAUGUUUGACAAGUCCUGCUUGGCCUGAUCUGUGGGAGAAGGAACCUGAGCCUGGCUGAGAUGGCCAGGCGGAGGGCUUUGAAGUCCAAGCAGCUGAACUGGCUGGGUGGGUUUCUACCUCCGAAACUGCAAGACUUGUUUGGAGCUCUUAAUUACAAUAUCUGAUAUUUUUACAGUCUGAUCUUUUGACUUCUACAUAUAGUGGAAAUCUGCCAAUACUAAUUGGUGGAGAUGGAAACUAUAAAAGAUCAAGUAUGCUAAUUUUAAGCAAAUGUAAAAACUCAUAAAACAGAUAAACAGUGGGGUGAUUUCAUUUGCCAUAAUUCACAUAAGACGAAUUUUAAUCUAAAAGUACUUUCUUGCUUGUGUUCUGUGUGGCUUUUUGUUUUUUGUUUUUUGAGGCCAAAUCUCACUCUCACUCAGGCUGGAGUACGGUGGUAUAAUCUCAGCUCACUGCAAUCUCUGCCUACCAGGUUCAAGCUAUUCUCGUGCCUCAGCCUCCCGAGUAGCUGGGACUACAGGCGUGAGCCAGCACGCCCAGCUAAUUUUUGCAUUUUUGGUAGAGACAGGAUUUCACCAUGUUGGCCAGGCUGGUCUCGAACUCCCGACCUCAGGUGAUCCGCCUGCCCCAGCCUCCCAGAGUGCUGGGAUUACAGGCGUGAGCCACCGCACCCGGCCUCUGUGUAGCUUUUAUAGACUCUGUUGCUGUUGCAUAGUCUUGAAGAGGUACCCAUCAUAAUGACAGCAUCUCCCUCUGAAGGGUUUUGGUCAAAAUGAGUGAAUGAGACUUAUACAUAAAGACAGGUUUUCUCCCCUAUAGUUAAGAGGUGAACUCACACGUGUGUACCUGAACAUUCUUGCUUUUGAGGAGACAGACUUCCAAUGGUACUACUAUACUUAGGUGUUGGACAGGAUAAAGGUAGGAGGAGAGGAGGCAGGCUGCUGUCCUGAAAGUGGCUGUGGUUUAUGGCAUCACUCCCUUCUAAUCAGCAAGUCCAGUGGCCACUUACAGCCCAGCUCCUAUCUCUUCAUUCACUCAAGUAGUUAUUGGCUGUGCACAGUGGCUCAUGCCUAUAAUCCCAGCAUUUUGGGAGGCUGAGUGGGAUGAUCGCUUGAGCCCAGGAUUUCAAGUCCAACCUGGGCUACAUAGUGAGACCUUGUCUCUGUUUUUUUAAAAGCUAGUUGUUGACCAGCUACCGUGAGCCAGGCACCACGCUGAAGGAGCUUCUGUUCCUCUGGGGAGAAGCAAAUUCAUGAUGUGUGUGCUGGAGAUCUGGCACUCAUGGCCAGUGCUUUCCAGUAUCUUGAACUCCUCGGGGGUCCUGUUGACCCCUAUUUCGUGACCUACCUCCGUGACUGCUCUUUUUUCUCUGUCUCUUAAGUGUGGUGGUUUUCCAGAGUCCAAUCCUCAGGACUUUCCCAUCCACACAGAGGCCUGGUAGUCAGGCGGCUCUAAACCAUUAGGUGGAUUGUAGACCUCUCUCAAGCUACCACCACCUUGCUGUCCCCAGAUCGUAUUUCAGUCUGUCAGGGGUUAUCUGUAUCUGGAGGUUCCACUGCUGCGUCAGUCUCAGUUACUUAGAAUGGAACCCAGAGUCCUGCCCCUUUCCACCUACAUGGUCUUACUUGAAAGUACCUGAGACUUAUUGGGUCCCUGAUUCCUGCUUCGUCUGUAUCCGCGGAGUAGUUGCAUGUCAUUUGGCCUGUUUUCUAAAUAAUCCCACAUCAUGUCCUCCCUGCACUUACAUUGCCACUGCUCUGAUUUGGGCUUUUUUUUUGGGGGGGGGGACAAUGCCUCUAUCCCAGUUCUGAGCACCAGCCCUGGUUCUUGCCACUACCAGAGUUCUCUGGCAAAUCUGAGCAUCUGACCGGGUGAAAAAUUCUGAAUGGCUUCCUGAUGCCUAACUUUAUGGGAUCAAAUUCAAGUUGCACACUGGCACUCAGUGCCCUUCUGCUAUCAUCUGCCAAGACCAGGGCCUGCUUCACCACAGCCACAAUAAAGUCCUUUCAAGCCCUGAUAA